UCUCUUUACAAUGAAGAACAUUCUAAUCUCCUGGAGAAGAACCAAAAAACCAUGGUUUGUGAAAUGUAAAAAGAAGAAUUUACCUGGGGAGUAGUGGUCUGUGCUUUUAGUUACAAAGUUAAAGUAGAAGAUAACCAUCAAUUCGGUAUAAAUUUCAACAAAUUUGCUCCAAAUUUUUGAAAUCGUGAACUACAAAUAAAUUACAAGUCAAAGAAAAUGGACUUGCAUAAGCCAGUAUUUAUCGGAAAUCGGACUAUGGAUGAACUAACCGUGGAAGAAAAAUUAAGGCUAGACCACCAAAACCUUCAUGAGCAACAUAAAGGGCAUGAAAAAAUGCAUGCAGAGAUGGUCUUCAUUCUCAUAUUGACUCUUAUUGUGGCUCAAGUAGUAUUAAUAGAGUGGAAAAAACGUCAUUAUAGAAGUUAUUCGAUUGUUACCUUGAUAGGCAUGUGGAUGGUCCCAUUUAUUUUGUGUUUAAAAAAUCGUUGGUGGAGAUUCAUAUUUAUAUGGUUGUUAUUUUCCUGUAUGACUGGUUUAAUAUUUCGGAAAGCAGUGCAAAAACCUUUGGACCGUACUACACCAAGGCUAGUGUACAAGUGGUUUCUACUUCUUUAUAAACUGAGUUAUGGAUUAGGAAUUAUUGGCUACAUUGUUAUGAUGUCAGUAUUUUUUGGAUUAAACCUCGUGUUUAACACUGCAGCAAACAUUUGGAUGGAUGUUUCCAUGUUAUUUAUAUUUUAUGGACUCUACUAUGGAGUGUUGGGACGAGACAUUUCAGAGAUAUGUGCAGAUAAAAUGGCUUCUCAUAUAGGUUAUUAUUCACCUCAAGGUAUGCCAACCAAAAAUCUGGAUCCAAAUGUAUGCGCAAUUUGUGGAAACAGACUGCUAGUCACCGAAGAUGAGGAAGGUGUCAUUGAAAAUACUUAUAAACUAUCUUGUGAGCAUGUGUUCCAUGAGUUCUGCAUACGCGGAUGGUGUAUAGUGGGCAAAAAACAAACUUGUCCUUAUUGUAAAGAAAAAGUUGAACUAAAACAAAUUUUUUCUAAUCCUUGGGAGAAACCUCAUAUGUUGUACGGACAACUUCUCGAUUGGAUAAGGUGGCUCGUCGCGUGGCAACCCAUGGUGUUCUUUUUAGUACGAGGCAUUAAUUGGAUCUUAGGACUUGAAUAAAUUAUCAAAUAUCCCUAAAUUAAAAUUUAUGAAUGAGUGUUUUGCAAUAUUAAAAUUGUAAUUUACCUUUCAAUGCAAAAAUUAUCAGUAAGAAAGUAGUUGCAAAAAUUCCAGAAUCAGAUUAGGUCAAAGUUUUUCAAACCACAUUUUCUUCCAUGCUUUAAUUAGUAUUCUCAAAGGGUCUGUUUUUUCAUGGAAACUGUUUCUAUUUACUUACAAGAUAAUUUUAGAAGUGAGUCCUAUAUAAGACGGUCUUAAGUUACAACAAAGAUUUGG